UGCCUCCCAAUCGCUGGAAGAACGACACGAUCAGACAGCAUGGCUUCGUCUUUGCCUCAUUCAACCGUCACCAUCAUCUUGGCCACAGUCAUUCCGGGCGUUUGUGUGAUUCUUUUGGCUGCCUUCAUCUACUACCGAGUCCAACGACGCAAAGCUCGAUUUCGAAACCGGGGGAUCACGCCGAUUGAUGAUGAAGAAAUUGAGUCGUGGAAGAUUGACCGGAGACACACCGCUGGCAACGACGAGAAGCCAUCACAUCCUUCAGUCCAUACUGAGUCAAAACGAGAUCAACACGGCCACCAUGCAAGCUCGUCCGUUGGUUCUGCCAAGUCACCCGCCGUCAUUGUGUACCAGAACCGGGUUUCGGAUGAGCAGCCUCCCUUUUCUCCCGUUCACGGCAAGUUGAGCAUCGAUGUCCCUGCGUCACCAGUCCUUGCUCGAGCGCCAAACUCUCGGCCAGGCCUCACGGACGAGACAGUCCGGGGUGAUCAAGCCUACGUCAAUAUCAAGCGUGCUCCAUCAGCACGUCUGUCCAAGACCAACCCUCCUCGCCAUGCUCGGACCAAGAGCUCACGGAGCACGCGAAGCAGCUUUGGUUCGAACGUGAGGCGUGAACAAUGGUACGGCCAUUCUUCCGAGCAAAACUCUCCACGGCCAUCCGCCGAUACCUUCACCAAGUCAGGACCGCCGUCAGCCCGCAGGGCAACCAUAUCGACACCAGGAAGCCAUGACACGCUCAGCUCUCGAGAUGACUUCCCAUUGACUGGUCUCUCGCCACGACCGGCGGUGCUCAGGGCAGAGAUUGGACGCGCCAUUGGCUGA